AAUACCUUACUUACCGUUUAUAAAUAUUUCUUCUACUUACCUUUUAUAAACUCGUACUCUAAAAAAAAAAAACUAGCCCUGCGGGCCGUUUAUUAUUAAUUUUAUCCUUCUUUGUACAGAAAAAAAGCAUAAUAAAAAAUGGGUUGUUGUAUGAGUCAAGAAGAAAAAGCAGGAAGACAACGAAACGAUGAGAUUGAAAACCAACUCAAACGAGACAGGCUCUCAAUGCGUAACGAAGUCAAAAUGCUCUUGCUAGGUGCUGGUGAAUCGGGCAAGUCAACAAUUCUUAAACAAAUGAAACUUAUUCAUGAUGGUGGUUAUUCUCCAGAAGAACGUGAAUCUUUUAAGGAGAUCAUUUUCUCAAAUACUGUUCAGUCAAUGCGUGUUAUUUUGGAAGCUAUGGAUAAUAUGGGAAUACAAUUAAGAAAUGAAGGAAAUAAAAGACAUGUUACUACUAUAAUGAAUUUACCUAAUCAAAUUGAAGGGGAUCAAUUACCUUCUGAAGUUGCUUUAGCUAUUAAAAAUUUAUGGGCUGAUAAAAGUGUAUUAGAAUGUUUUAGUAGAUCUAGAGAAUAUCAAUUAAAUGAUUCUGCAAAAUAUUAUUUUGACUCGAUUGAUAAUAUUUCACACCCAGAUUACCUUCCCUCAGAUCAAGAUGUAUUACGUUCUCGUGUAAAAACGACAGGUAUUACAGAGACAACCUUCUUAAUUGGUGAACUCACAUAUCGUAUGUUUGAUGUGGGUGGUCAACGAAGCGAACGUAAGAAAUGGAUUCAUUGUUUUGAGAAUGUUACGGCUAUCGUAUUUUUAGUGGCUAUCUCCGAGUAUGAUCAAUUGUUAUUGGAAGAUGAAACUGUGAAUCGUAUGCAAGAAGCCUUAACUUUAUUUGAUUCUAUUUGUAAUUCAAGAUGGUUUGUUAAAACAUCAAUCAUACUUUUCCUGAAUAAAAUUGAUAGAUUCAGAGAAAAACUUCCAAUCUCUCCUAUGAAUAAAUACUUUCCAGAUUUUGAAGGAGGUGGUGAUUAUGAUUUAGCAUGUGAAUAUAUACAUAAUAGAUUUGUAUCAUUGAAUCAAAGUGAGGUUAAACAAGUCUAUACACAUUUUACAUGUGCUACUGAUACAGAUCAAAUUAAAUUUGUUAUGGCUGCUGUUAAUGAUAUUAUUAUUCACACUAAUUUACGAGAUUGUGGGUUAUUAUAAACUAAUUAAAUUAAUUUUGGAAAUGGGUGUUUUAUUUUGAAUUUUAAUUUUUUAAUUUUAGAGGUUUGUGAGAUAAUUUGUUAUUUUAGAAUUUUUUCUCAUAAUACCUAAAAAAAAAAAAAAUGGACUUUACUAUUAUUACAAAAACUCCUUUAUUACUU